AUGUGGUCAACAAACGAUUCUCACAAAGGCACUUGGAAAGUGCUGCCAUUCAUGAAUCAAGGUUGUUGGGUUUUCGAUGUGUGCAAAAGGUGUCCAAAAACUUUCCAGUUCAUCGAGUCACUGCCAAAUCUUCUCGACGAUUGCUUGUUUGGGAAUGCCAUGAUUUCGAAAAUUUCUCCUGGAACAGUGAUAGAGCCUCAUUGUGGACCAACGAACAUCCGACACCGCCUUCAGAUGGCGUUGCAGAUUCCGUCCAAACGUUGUGAAAUGUCUCUUCAAGUUAGCGACUCGAGAUUGGAAUGGGGCAAGGAGGGUGACUAUUUCGUCUUUGACGACUCCUUUAUUCAUUCUGUGAACUUUACGAGUCAACCUGGUGCCCAUCCGACAGCUGCAGAAGAGCGAAUUGUGCUCAUUGUGGACUUGUGGCAUCCCGAAUUGACUCCGGCCGAGAAAUGCGUGCUACAGAACGUCUACCCUCCAUCCUCUUCUUGA